CACCCCCACAGCUUGUCUCUCUCAUUCUUUGAGGCGCUCUUGUGUCGACUCGUGGCUGUGUUCUCUCGCUUAUCAACGGCACAUUGUUCUCUCGCUUAUCAACGGCACAUUGUUCUCUCUCCUCAGCAGAUCGUGUUCGCUAGCUCUGUGAAUUCGCGAUGCAGGGCCGCAUUAUGGCAUAUUUGAGCUUGUGUUGAGGUUCUUUGGUGGAGUUUAAGUGGAGCUCGACGGGUGCUUGAUGAGGUUUCGCGGGGAGAUAUCUGCGAUUGUGAGGGUUCUCGUAACAGAAGUGUAGGUCUAAGACAAGAAAAGCGUGAUGUGUCGCGGCUUUGAGUGCUGGUGAGAUCGGAAUUUUGGUCGCGAGGCAUGGCCUGCAUUUGAAGUGGUAUUUGGUUUCGUUGGGAUCUGUGCAGUAGUGCGUUCAGUAGUAGACAAGGUGUUUGAUUGCUAGGUUCGUCCUACAACUGGGUGUGGGGAGCUGUGGUAAAUGCAUUGGUAACUGCAAUUAUUGCAGCUCAAUAAUGUUCUAGAUUUAUCGAACAUGAGGGCAGGCAGGCGUAGCAGUGGAUAGAAAGAAGAGAAUCCUGUGAGUAGGCUGCGAGCCGUAAGUGCAUUCGGGCAGGGAAGAUGUUCAAGUCUUUAAAGAAGAAGCCUGAUAAAGUGAAAGAGAAAUUGGACUUCAAGCUCGGUUUUCAUGCUACUCGGGUACCAUCUCAAGGAUGGGACAAGUUAGUGAUUACAGUAAUCCCAUACGAGACAAACCGGCCUGUAGCCAAGACUCCAAGGGCGGUCGUGAAAAAUGGAGAAUGCCACUGGCCGGACAGUAUCAUAGAGACAACAAGGAUGGUGUAUGAUACUAGAACAAAUUCAUAUGAGGAAAAGAAGUACAGAUUUAUGGUUUCGUCCGGCUCAUCACGCUCUGGAGUGCUCGGAGAGAUCACAAUCAAUUUUGGAGAUUUUGCUGCCUCGAAACAUCCACAGCAAAAAGGCUUGGCACUGAGGAAUUGUAACACAGGAACCUUGCUACAUGUUACUGUUACGUGCUUAACCCCCAAAUCUCACGACAGUGUCAAGGAUUCAGACAAAUCGACAAAGCUUGCUCAUGAGGGGGAUGAGGAGGAAGAUCUAGCUUCUGAAGAUGAUGAUCAUGACAGGCUGAAUAGAGCGAGCAGUAAUGGUCAUAUGGAUAGUCCCCGCAAGCCUUCUCUAGACUCUCCGCCUUUGUCACCAUCGUCACCAGCGGGGAGGAAACUUCAGCAGCGAAAUAUUUCGACGUCCUCCUUGCGGUACAGCAGCAGCAGCUUCGACUCGAUGGAGGUUCCAUCAACACCAGGAACCGCUUCAUUCACUGAUGCUCUGCACGGAUACCCUGGCGAGGAUAAUUCCUCUUCUAGUUCAUUCGGCAGUAUGCCAAUGAAGCUGGAUCGCAGCAGGGAUAAUGCAGGUGUCGGCUCUAAGCCCUCAUCCCCUUUGCCGAGUUAUGGUCAGAAUCAAUCUCAUUCCUUACCAGCAACUUCUUCUGGAAGGCAGCAAGUCGGGCCAACCGAACGGAGCCAAAAUACUAAUUGGAGUGGACAUGGUGAUCACACGCAUGGGGUUUCCGGAGAAACCUCCGUAUCUACUAGUGAGGAUCCUCGGAUGAUGGCAGCAGCUUCCAAGCGACAGUCACUCAAUUCAAAUAGUCAAGUGGACAAGUUGGAUAGCAAACCUGAGAAGAAUAUGCAAGUCAAUCAAGAAAAGGAAAUGGACUUAUCUGCUCUCAAGGCUGUGCGAGGCGGUUUGAAACAGGAAGUUGAGAAUCUAUCGAUAGCGAGGCAGGCCCCACGGUUAUCUGAAAUAGGGGUUGAUGAAUCCCGAGGGGCCGUGGAGGAUGCUCAUCGGAUAAUUAAUGAGCUGAAGGAGGAAAUCAUGUUGGAGAAGAACACUAUCAGCAACCUGAACCUACAGCUGCAGAAGACAGAGCAGGACAACAGGAAAUUGGUGUCCGAGAUUGAUGUUCUUCUUGAUGCUGCCAAAAGUAAUCAUACGUCCCAGGUUGCUGAAGACUCCUUAGCUCAUGUUGAAAAGGAAUGGGCUAAGAAACUUUCUGUCAAAGACGAUGAGGUGAAGCAUUUACAGGCUAAGAUAUUACAUUUGGAGGAGAGGGUUUCUCAAGUGCAAACUAAUGUGAGUCCACUUGCAGGAGGCGCUAAUGAUGCCCUUGUCAAUGGUCUACAAAAUAUGGUGAAACAGUUGCAACAAGAUGUUGAAGAACUAGAAGCCGACAUAAUCCGGUUGACAGAGGAAAAAUCCGAACUGCUUGCUCAGUUAGAAUCGACUGAACGAAGCGCUGUUUCAAAGCCCUCUGAUGUCACUCCUCAGAUUCGCGCCUCUGAAAACUUGGUGAAACAGCUGCAGAAAGACGUGGAGGAACUAGAGUUGGAUACAGUUCGAUUGACAGAGGAGAAUUUAGAGUUGCUUGCUAAGUUGAAAUCGAACAGUUCCGAACUUAAUGAGAAAAAUAGACUGAUUGCAGACUUGAUGGAUUCAGAAAGUUCUAAAGAGGGGCGUACAGAGCUUUUGGAAAAAGUUGCGAGCUUGGAGGGUGAACUGGCGCUGUUGAAGGAGGAGAACGCUCAGAUUCUUCAUGAAAAGGAAGAAGCUGAAAGGACAAUUCAGCACCUUCAGACGGGGAAGCAAGAACUCCAGAAAUCCAUUAGGAAUUUAGAAGGCAGUCAACCAGACAGAGUAGAUCGAAGUAAAGAUCGAGAGGUAGCGAACAAUCAGCUAUUUCAGCAGUUGGCUGAAACCGUGGCCGGGCUGGAGGAAGAACUUCGAGAAUCACAGGAAGAGACUAGACUUAGCAGGUUGCGUAUAGAGGAGCUCGAACGUGAUAUUUCAGAACUUACCUAUCCUGACCAGACCCAUAGCUCUGUGGAAUUGGAAUCCUUGAGGAAACUUCUGGAAAGUGAAAAGUUGGAAAAAGAAUAUAUUCAGCGUACUGCUGAGGAGAAAACUCGCGUCAGCCAGGACCAUUUGGCCCGUGCUCUGGAAGAAAUCGAAUCGCUCACAGAACGACUGGAAAAUCUCUCAACGGAAAGGUGCAAAAAUGAGGGUAGGAUUUCAGAGCUUGAACUGGCCAAAACUAUCCUGGAGGAUAAGUUAGCAGCUUUGGAGGAAGAAAGGUGCAGAUGUUCGAUCGUGUAUCUGGCCUUGAGUAGCAGUCUGAAAUACAGUGACCGAGGAGCCGGGACUUCCGACAACAGGAAGCAAGAGAUGUUGAGGAGGAGAAGUCUUACCUUCUUAGCGAGAAAGAGCGCCUUCAAACUGCUCUGGAUUCUGCUACAGAAAAACACCAUGAACUUGUAACACUUAACCGGAGAGUUAGAUGAAGCUAUGAAAGAAUGUGAGAUUUUCAAGAAUUCCCAACCCCCUUUGGAACAGGAAGUCGUGCGACUACAAGACGAACUAGAGGAGGCCCAUCAUGAUCUUCGAGAGCAUACGAAAACCUUUGAAAAGAGCCGUGCUAUGCUUGAAGAAAGCUUUCAUACGAUCAGCAAAGACCAUGCUAAUGCUGUUGCUGUUUCAAAAACAUUAGAGGAACAGGUUGCUCAAUUACAGAGUGAUUUGGAGGAUAUGGAGAUGCGAUCUGCUACAAAGUUAAAAACGUUGUCUAUGUUGAAGGAGUCGGAACAACUCCGAUUGGAGAAAUCUGAACAAGCCUUGCAACAUAGUGCAUCUCUACAGAAGGAUAAUGCUGCUCUGGAGAAGCGGGUUGCUGAGUUAGAAUUAUUACUAGAAGAGAAGUCAGGUGAUGCCAGAACAACUAGUAAUGGACUUCUAAAUUCAAAGAAUGGACACGAAUUCCACGAGCUGACACGUGUGAAGAAUGAGAAUUCCGCUCUUCAAAGUGAAGUGGGCCGUUUGCAAGAGGUCAAUGAGUUGCUGGACAGCAAACUUCAGAAGUACAAGGCAGCUGGAGCUGGGUCUAGUAUGGUUGACAAGGUUGUACAUUUAGAAACAGAAUUAGCUGAAGCGUUGGAGGCUAACAAUAUGUACAAAUUGCAGCUGCGAAGUGCCUUUGCGGAGCAACAAAAUGUGCAUGCUGUAGCGCUUCAGAACUUUGGCGAUGUGGACCAAGUCGUAAAUGAUCUUGUAGAAUUACGAAAGCGUGUAAAGCAGUUGGAGGGUGAGUUGCGAGAUAUGCGGGAUCGGUACUCUACAAUGAGUUUGCGAUUUGCUGAAGUCGAAGUUGAGCGAGAGGAGCUUGUAAUGACUAUUAGGACCCUUCGAAAUACACGGAGAUAGAAAUUUCCUCUUGUAGUGGCAAGAUCUUGAAUGCAAGAAGCAAUACUAGUAGCGAUUUUAAUCAUCAGUAGAGGAAAAACUGGUCAUAUCUGGACCUAUUACUAGCUCAUCUGGUGGCUAGUUCUACCGAGCUAUGGGAGGUCCUUUUAGAGAUGUGGCUGGAAAAACCAUCUCUUUAUGUAAAAUCACUUCCCAAUUCUGAUCGUCCAAAUGUAUACGUGAAUAAGGUUUUACCUCA